CAAGCAGUCUUUUUCCACACGCUGAUCAACAGUUUGCCAGUUUUAAAGCGUCUUCUUCACUCCACUCUCACUGUGUGUGUGGUCAGAGCUCACAACGCGUCGUUGUCUAGGGCAUGAAUGAGGCUGGAGGGUCAUGCAUUAACACACAACCAACAGGGAGAUAUGCUGCGCUGCCUCUACUCCUAGAAAUCGAGUAGCUCGGUGUAUUGCACAAAUCCGACGCUGGCAUUGCAGUUUAAUUUGUAAACGAACAAAGGUGUUCUUUAAGUUCCGUUUUAUAUUAUAGCCACCAGUUGAUUCGUCUCUUUGUGCAUAGAACAAAAUGGGGUGUUCCUCUUCCAGCUCUCAGACCGUAGACCAAGAAAAAAGACCAGGCACCAAACCCGAAGAAAGUAAUGGAGACACAACUUUCGCUACCCGUAAUGGAAUCAUUGCAGAGGACACAGAGACCAUUGCGGAUCAGAUGCAGCUGCCAGUUCAAAGCGCACUACCGGAUGAGCUGCAGCCUGGGGCCAUGGAGGAGCCGGUGUCCCAGGCCUAUGAAGCCACAGAGCUUAUGGUGGUGGAGGAGGCAGCCCCUGCUGCUCCCGCAGAACCAGAGCCCGUGACUGAGCCUGAGCCUCCUGUCGAACCCGCCGCCAUUGAAAGCCCUGAUACUGGGGCUGUGGCUGCUGAGACUGUAGAGGCUGAGGUGGCUGUGGAGGCUGUGGAGGCAGCUGCUCCUGCUGAGGCUCAGGCUGCCGUUGAGAUAACUGAGGUAGCGGAGGCAGCGGCUCCAGUAGAAGCUGCAGCCCCUGUAGAGGAUGUAGCACCUGUAGAAACGGUGCCAGCUGAGGAAGCUGCCAUAGCAGUGGCAGAAAUCGUAGCCCCUGUUGCGGAGGCUGCCCCUGUUGCUGAGGCUGCCCCUGUCGCUGAAGCUGCCCCUGUCGCUGAGGCUGCCCCUGUCGCUGAGGCUGCCCCUGUCGUUGAGGCUGCCCCUGUCGUUGAGGCUGCCCCUGUCGUUGAGGCUGCCCCUGUCGUUGAGGCUGCCCCUGUCGUUGAGGCUGCCCCUGUCGUUGAGGCUGCCCCUGUCGCUGAGGCUGCCCCUGUUGUUGAGGCUGCCCCUGUCGUUGAGGCUGCCCCUGUCGCUGAGGCUGCCCCUGCUGAAGCUGCCCCUGCUGAAGCUGCUGCUCCUACUGAAACAGUGGCCGCUCCCGCUGCUCCAGAAGAACCCGCGGCCCCUGUCGAAGUAGCAGCACCUGCAGAACCUGUGGCUGCACCCACUCCAGUUGCUGCGGAGGAGACCAAAGAACCAGCCCCAGAACCGGUUGCUGCAUCUGAGGAGGCCCCUGCGGCAGCCCCUGUAGCUGAAGCCAGUGUCCCAGAGCCAGUCAAAGUAGAGGAGACCCCAGUGGCCGCCCCCGUGGAGUCCGUCACACCUGCAGCCGCCCCAGCUGCAGCCCCUGAGGGGGGCGUGGUGGAGCCUGUGGUCUCGCAAGAGACAGGAAGUGAGGUGGCCAAAGUGGACGAGCCAGCAGAAAUCCCCAAGACUGAAGAGACCCCUGCUGCCAGUGCAGAGAAGUAGAGGAGACUACAGUAAACAUGGUUGACGUGUCGCCCAAAGAAUAAAUGAAUACGUUUACACACACACACACACACACACACACACACACACACACACACACCCCUAAUGAUAUGCAGACCAUUUGUCAGAAAUGGCUUAAUUACUAAUCUGACACCAUGGUGCCUUUUAUUACCUGUAAAUCUGAAGCAGUGGAGGUUCUACCAUUUGUAAAUAUGUACUUGUGUUAGCAAUGUUUUUGAAAGCUGAUGAAAGUGCCUCGAGCCACCUGAGCUUUUUCAAAGGGAAAUCGCCAUUUCAAAAUGGCAUAAAGAGGCAAAAUGGAAGCCUUGCCAUGGAAAAAGUCACUUCACUCCAGGUUUUUGUGGGAAAUAGAAAGUGAAGGUGGAUUUCCCCACACAUACAUAGACCCACACACAUCAUCAGCUGGUUCUAGUGAGUUUCUGCGCAGUGGUUUGUGAGUGUGUAACAUAGGCCCAGUACUACUUCACUCAUUGUCAUUGUAUGUGAGGAAAACAAACCAAAAAUGUAACAACUGUGAAAAAAAGAAUGCGUUCUGGCGCUAUGCAUGAGAGGCCGGGUCCAAGGAGGUAACUUUGCCUUUGUGAACGCAGCAUGUUAUUCUAAAUCCUGCUAAUGUGGAAUGUCAAUAAAGUUCAACUUUUUUUUCUUUUGGGGUUGGGAGGGUACUCUUACUCUUAAUCAUUCUGGAAGAUUAAUUCAUUUGUUGUUGCAUGUUAAUACUUUUUCUAUUCUCCUCUUUUUGGCUACGUAUGUUGAAUAUGUCUUUCUGUUUAUCUAUGCAGAGAAACAUUUUGGAUAUUGAAGGUAGAUUGCAUUUUGUAUGGCUGACCCAUUAGAGCACAUUUGGGAUUUGUUUGUUUUCAGAAAAUUGCCAUCACAAAACAUUAUAGCAGGGAUUGUUGGAAAUCAGCCAUGGUCUUCCAACCAUAGACAUACGACAACUUUCUGGAUCUAAGGAUUCAGUCUCUUUUGAUGUGCUCUCGGCUGCACUCCAACAACAUAAACUACCCAGUGCUCUGUUCAGAUACUGUAUCAGUUUAAAUCAUGGACCAAUGAUGGAAAAGUCUCAAGAAGUUCUUCACAUUCUUGUUUUUUGCAUCAGACCUGCACACCUUUCAUAGGCUUCUGCGUACCUUUUCUUACUGUGAAUUUAGACCAUAUUCAUGUAUGCCUGUAAAAGCAGAAACAAGGACUUUCCCCCACUGUUGUGUUUUACAUGCAGAGAUCAAGUGUCAUCUGUAAUAUACUCAUCUCUGGGCUUUCACACUAGCUUCUUAGUGUACAGAAUAAAGUUGCUGUUACUAAUAAA